AUGGCGAACUCCAUAGCAAAGCAAUACUCGCGCCUCCUGCGCCUCUGGCCGACCGACGCCCUCCGACCCAACUUGCCCUUCACACGCGCAAUCGAAGCCCGCGCGCUCCCCUACGGCGUCGACCCCGUCAACCGCCCGGAAGACUCUGCCAGGUCGCCCCCCCACACAUCGCCCGCGCCCUCGAAAGCAGACGUCCCACCCACCACCGCCUCGACCCACGCCCGCCCCGCCAAUCCCCAGCUCGAGACGGCGCAGAUCACCGCCCUCUACAGCCUGCUCGAGGACCGCUAUGCGAAAAGGUACGCGCUGGGCGACGCCGUCUUCAAGCCUGCCAGUGCGCCUGAGCACUACUCCAACUUGAUGCACGAGAUUGAGCGCGCCCCGCAGAAGACGUGGUGGCAGGCAAAGGUCGACGAGUGGAAGAUGAAGAUCAGGUGGCAGUAG